AGUCUGGGCUGGACCCUUCAGAGGUGAACACGUCCGACCUGCGCUCUUCUCCGGUUUUAACGACAUUAGUGCUAUAAAAUAGCAUAUAAUUAAACUUUUAAAAGACUCCCAGAAGAUUUUUUAUUUAAUGAAUCUAAUUAUGGAAAGAAAAAGCUAUUAUUAAUUGUCACUUUUUGUGCUUUACUGUUAAAAGAAACAACUACGCAAUUGUUAAAGACGAAAGUGAAUGUCUUGUGACGAUGAGGAACAAAUACCUGUGACAUGGCAAAGGAAUCCCUGAGUGUUGGGGUCUAUCCUUCUCUGAGAGGGGACAGCGCAGUCCCCGGGUAGAGGUACAGGAGAAGAAAACUUGAGGGAAAAAAGCCUUCUAACCUCCGUAUUCGUCUAUGAUGGACAUCCACUGAGUUACGAUGAAGUCAUACUUGAGGGGCUGCCAGUGAUAACAUCAGCUGGCGGCGUAAAACAUCGUGCAUUACUUUGAAAAAUUAUCGUAGAUAUCGAUUAUAAACAAAAAAUCCUAUUUGAAAAAUAGCCCCCAACACAUUAUUAGAUAUUUUUCCAGGUACAGCGUUUCGUGUAUGAGAGAAAAUAUGCUAAAACCGAAUAUGGUAUGUUGAUAAAUCUAUAAAAUGUAAUUGCCCCUCAACAGCAUAAACAAGUCGACCUGCGACUCUCGAGUUCUCAGUGGAAUAAAAAGGGCGCGGGGAGGAAGACUGUCGAUGUAAACAACACCAUGAAUUUCUCCCGUACGAAUUAAUCUGUGGCCUUUGAGUUGUGAGUGAGAGAGAAAAAAAAAAAAGGUUUUGAAAAGAGAAAACUGAAUACAAACAAAGCCAUGGAUUUCUUCUUCUUCUGCUCUGACGUAGAAAAGGCAGGUUACCAUCAGCGAAGAGGCGGCGACAGAGCGGCGAUCUGAGCGUCGUGGGAUGUUGGAGAGGCCAGAGUCAGAGGCAUGGUGGAGGCGGCGGUGGGGAUCAGAAUGGUGGCUUCGCAGCUCCUCCUAAUGAACCACUUUCUCAUGACUCUCAGUCACAACACCGCCGAUCUCAGCUCGAUCCACGAUAUCAAUAGUGUUGCCGUCGACCCGUCGGAGUGUUCGUACGGAUGCACUUUGUGUUCUCCAAUCAACGGAUGCCUGGCGUGCAAGCCGCCCUUUUUCCUGUCCCUCCACAGGGAGGGCGUCAGGCAGACGGCCACCUGCACCAGGUCGUGCCCCAAAGGGUUCUAUAAGCUCAAGAAGAAGAGGAAUGGAUUCUGUGCAAAGUGUACGAUCCGAGGGUGCGCCGACUGCCUGGACUCCAGGUACUGCUCCACCUGCGAGGCCUCCUUCGUCAACUUCUUCGGGAAAUGCAUCAAGCACAAGUCUGAAGAGGCUCGGGAGGACCUUGGCAUGUAUACAACCACCAGAAGACCGGCAGGAGACUAUAUCCCUUCGGCGGGACCCUGGAGCCCGGCGAAGAACAACGUCACGUUACUCUUCUCGCAACUGCCGCUCGCUGUGAAUACCUCUGGUCCGCCGGAGGAUUCCUUGACGACAUCAUCUCUUCCGCCCACAGUAACAGCCACGCCCCUUUCAGAUGUGGGCGCAACCACGGAAUUUAUUCGUCGACGAUCGAAGACCUCGAAGCCGGGGCAUAUGGGCGCCGCACCCGACCUGAGCACCCGGUUUUAUUUCACCACGCCCACCUCGCCGCUGCUCUCGGGAGAACCAACUUCUGCCAUAUCGCCGUAUCCUACGCAGUCGCCAGUUUUUCCUCCUCCGGAUAGUCCGUGUCGGGUGAGGGGCGACAGGAAGCCCUACGGGAGGCCGAGGACCAACAGGAAGGAGAGGAAAGAGCGCAGAGGCAGGAAGAAGGACAGAGACCGCAAAUUCAGAAGGAGGAAAGGAAGAAGAGGUAAGAAAAAUCGACGUUAUGGAUGCAAAAGUAGAAGCAAGGCCAAGAAGGACAUCUCGAGCGCCCCUCCGAGCCAAGACCCGGCCAUGAGGCAGAAAAAUAGCGUCAGCGACGGCGAACGCAGGACGGGAGACCCGUACCCCUACCACGAUGUUCGACCGUCGGAGGAUGCGAAAGUAUCUCUUUUCGAUGACUCUAAUUCGUCAGCCCUGAGCGACGGCGGCUCGGCGACAGACCUUCCGCAUCACUUCCGCAACAGACCCAGAGAUAUGGUCGCCUACAAGACAUCUCUGGUGGUCGCCCGGAGGAGGAGCGAAGCUCGGGAUGAAGCCGAAACAUUGUAUCAGAACGGCCGUCGGCUGAGGCACGGCAGGUCACGCGGAAUUCUUUCGGAUGACGAAGAUGCAGAAAGAAACUCAUCAGGGAAAAAAAUUCCCCAGACGAAAUCAGCAAGAAGAAGGAGGAGGAGGAGAAGGAGAAAAAGGCGAAAAGAGGAAAGAAACGUGGAACGAAGGUCAUAGUUUCCCUCUCAUUCAACCCUGGAAGCGUGAAAUUGCAAAGGGCCCGUGGGGGCCUUCGCGUGAGUGUAGGUUUAGCCAGCUGAUGUACAGGACCGCGCUAUAUAUAAACCAUUUCCAUGAGUUUUCAAGCUCUCCAUUUUCCAUUCACUGUCAUAUUUGUUUCAUUGCAUCUGCCAAUGUUAACAUUUCAUAAGUUAUUCUAUUUCUUUCUAUUGUGGUAACUGAUGAGAAAGUGUUCGAAGCCAAAGAUGGACUUGUCUUAUAAACUAAAGCUCUUCUAGAGCAUAUACUGUGCUGGCGAAAGCCUCCUGUUAGAGUCCCGAUCAUUUCAGAUAACGACUGUUUUUCGUUCAGAUGACGGGCAUAAAUGGGUUACCAAAAGAAGGGAUGAAUAUCCAAGGAUAAGUGGAAAAUCAAGUUCAGGAUUAACUUCUAGAUUUCAUUGUGCGCAAAAAGUGCUUAGUUCUAGAGCAAGUAGGAGAAAGUUGACAAAGCACUAGUUAUCUAGAUUCCAAAGUUGAAGACUUCCAGUAAAGCUAAAGGCGGUUAGUUGUAGAGCAGUUGCAAAACAUUAUAAAUCACUAAUAAUCUAGAUGAAGAUUAAUCUAGAUGACAAAAAAGGACUUUACUUGACUUGCUUAGGGAAAGCAUAUAAUCAGAAGAAGACUUGAGCCAAGAAAUUUUGCCUAUGUAGUUAUAAAAACCGAAGGGGUUUUAAUGCUUCACCAUAUAUUGCUGAAUUGUAAACAAAGCACUUAUCAUGCAAUUCUGCUUGUUAGUGGCAAUUAUGUUACCACGAGAGUUAUCUUGAAGUUUGCCUUUGCAUUGUAGAAAAAAAGAGAGAUUUUUUAAAAGCACAUGCACAAACAUAAUAUUGCAUAUAUGUGCAUACGUACGUAAGCGCACAUUUUCUCACAUACAUACAUACAUACAUACUU